GCCUGCUUCUUGCUCCGGGAACGGCCAUGGAAGCGGCUGGGAUGCAGCUGCCCGGGAGGAGGAAGGAGAGAGCAGGGGAGGUAGACUCUCCUAACCUGGAAUUGGCUGAAGAGGAGGAGGAGGAGGAAGAGGAGGAUGAGGAUGAAGAGCAGCUCAGGAAUCCAGGGUCUUCGGAUGAAGAUGAGAAAGAGUCUGACCAAGAGAUGGAUGAAUUACGGGCCCAGGUAUUGCAGCUCCUGGAAGAACUGGAAGAGACCCGGGAGAUAGCCCUGAAGCAAGAAGAAGAUUCCCUUCAGCUGCAAGGUUUGCUAGAAGAUGAGCGACUUGCAAGCGCCUACCAAGCGGAGAUCUUCACAAAGCAGAUACAGAGGCUCCAAGCUCAGCUACAUUCUCUGAAGGACGAGUACGAUUCACUACAAGAAGGGAAAGAUGCUGAGCACGAACGCCUUGAGCAGGAGCUACGGGAAGUCAACGAGGAGAACCACAAUCUGCGCUUGGAUGCCGAGGAAGCCGCCGCCUUGCACGAGAAUGAGAUUGCCGGCCUACAGGAGGAACUCUGCCGGCAGAAGGCCGAAGUGGAACGGAUGCAGCAUAUGUGCAACGAGUAUGAACUGGAGCUCACCUCCUUGCGCGCCGAGAUUACCAUGAAGGAACUAGGCACCGGAGACAGCCAGCCUCCUGCAGAGUUGAUGGUUGUGACUCAUUAUGACGACCGGAUUGCCAGUGCCUCUGAAGAUGUGAUCAGGUUGCAAGAGGAGCUCCAGAGCUGGAAAGCUCAGUUCCAGGAUCUCAAUGAAGAGUACCAGAUCCUGCAGGAGAGCAACAAUAUCAUGGUCCAUCAGCUGGAGAGGCUCGAGGCCAUGAAGUACAGAUCUAGAAGCAAGUUGGACGAUUCGCCGUCCUUCGUUUCUGAAUCAGAGGAAAAUACGCAGGGCCGCGUCUUUGGCAACAAGCGCAACAGCCUGCACGGUGCCGGCAGCGUCUCAUUCAAGUCGGUGGAGAUUGUGGGCUACGGUAGCGAGUAUGACGAGGAGAAACAUAUGUCGAUGCUGGAGGAGGAAAGCUCAUCUCAGCUGCUGCAGCUGCAGCUGAAGACCGAAGAGGAGAAAGCGGAAGCAGUCCAAGCCCAGGAAGAGGCAAAACUGGUCAGAGAGGAAGAAGGAGCAAAGAAAGGAACAAGAGAAGCUGGGUCAGAAGAGCGAAAGGUGGGAGAAUCUGCAGGAUGGAGAAAGUGCAACCAGGCCCAGGAAGAGGUGCGUGAAUUGGAGAGGAAGUACAAGGUCAGCCGGGAAGAGUGGGAGAGGCUGCAGGAGGAACUGCGUCUGUGCAAAGAGGAGAUCGAGAGACUCAACGGCAACAUCCCUGCUGGCGGACGGAUCCCAGCUGGAGGGCUGAAGCCCAUUGCCCUUUUCGUCGCGUUGGCUGGGGGAUUGCUCCUGUACCCCUGCCUGAAGAGAUGGAGCGGCACUUCACUACGAACCUGAGGAGCGUCCCCCUCCACCCCCAGGGAGGACCACGUGUGCCACGUGUCCCGGCCCACCUGAACCUUGCAAGAACUCAGCCGCCUGACUCCCCCCUCCGCCCACACCAAGCCCGGUCUCCUGCUGGUGCCCAGGAGGUUGGAAUCUCUGGAUCCAGCCCCCUUGGCGCCUCGAGAGACCCGCCCAAUCUUGCUGGCACUGCCAAGUGAAUAGGCUGUUAUCAGUUUCCCUGCAUCAAAAGCUACUUCCAGCACCAGCAGCCCCCCCUGAUCCCUGGGGUGGGGGUGCCUGAGGAGGAGCGUUGGGCUUCCAGCAGUAACCUGCCCCCCACCUUUUGGCCUUAGACGGCCCCCCUGGGCCUCGGCAUACGACCUUCUGCAGCCCUCUUGGGGUCACAAGCUCUGGUGUUUCUAUAGGGAAGGAACCGGGCAAGGCUGGGGCUCGGGGGGGGGGGUCAAGGUGAGCGUUUUGGCCUGAGCAGUUCCUAGGGGAGAGGUGGGGCUGAGCCCCCAGCAAAGAGCUGAUCCCAGACCCUUCCUCUGAACGCCUUUUCUUGUUUCCCUCUUCGUGCCUGCCAGAGAAGACACCAGAAAGCAAGGCCCAGGGCGGAGCCACGGAUGCUUUUUCCACGGGACGGUUGCAGACAGUUUAAAAAUAAAGGGGUGGGGGUUGGGUGUCCAGGGCAAUUUCUUUUGGGCAGUAUUGAAAGCCCGUUUUAACACUGUGAGUGGGAACAUGGGAGCACAUCCAGGGCCUCCUGAGGGGCCUGAGCAGAACAGCCACACCUGCCAAUCAACUGGCUCUUUCCCCUCCGAGUUAGCUCCUCUUUCUUCCAUCCUUGCGGCCCGCCCGUUGCCUGUUUCUGCUGCCUUGAGUUUAUGCAUUUCUCCUUCACGCCGUCUCCCGUCCCUGUUGCACACGGUUGUGUCCUAACUGUAGAACUCUCGUUGGGCUCCCUUCUGGCACCUUUACAGUCAAUGAGACCAUUUGGGGACUGCUGGAGAAGAAGCAAAAGGAAGGGGGGGGGGGAGACCAUCAUUCUCAGUGAUUGAGGCUCCACCGAGUCACAGCGGGCAAAAGCCACGGCAGUUGGGACGUGGCCUGGCCUGCGGGACGUGGGCACAAGAUCUCUGCCCUGCAUGUUCCGGGGGAGCUCUAGCCCUUUGCCGAGUGCCCCUCUCCGCCCUCUUUCCAUCUGCUGCCACCGCACCUUUUGUGCCAUGCUCCUGUUUUCCAUCAAAAAGGGCCAACUGCCAUAAAAGCCGCCGGAGACUCUCUUUCUCUUUGUUCUGUGUUGUAUCUCAGU